AUGUAUCUUUCAACAGUCCCAAACAUCGCGUCGCCUUACAUUACCUACGGGAAGCUCCUCUCCAAGCUCGCUCAGACCAAGUCCGUAAACGUAGGCCUAAAAGUCCACGCCCACCUCAUCAAAUCCGGACUAUUCGACGGCGACAAACACCGCAGUCAUCUGGUGAACCUGUACGCAAAGUGUAAGUUAUUCGGCUACGCACGGAAGUUGAUCGACGAAAGUCCCGAGCCGGACUUUGUCUCCUGGUCCUCCCUGGUCUCCGGGUACGUCCAGAAUGGGUUUGGAAAGGAGGCCCUUCUCGCCUUUCGCGAGAUGCGGUCGCUGGACGUCAGGUGCAACGAGUACGCCUUGUCCAGCGUGCUCAAGGCUUGUUCUGAAACAAAGAACUUCACCUUCGGGAAACAGGUUCAUGGACUCGGGCUCGUGACGGGUUUCGGGUCGGACGUGUAUGUUGCCAAUACUUUGGUAAUUUUGUAUGCAAAAUGUAAUGAUUUUUUGGGUUGCAAGAGAUUGUUUGAGGAUAUAGAGGAGAGGAAUGUGGUCUCCUGGAAUACUUUGCUUUCGCUUUACGCACGGGGAGAUUUUUUAAGUGAGGCAAUGGGUUUGUUUGGGGAGAUGGUUUGUAGUGGAGUUAGGCCGGAUGAGUACUGCUUGUCGACUGUGUUGAACGCUGCGGCGGGGCUUGGAGAUAUCGAUCAGGGGAAGAAGGUUCAUGGCUACCUUAUAAAGCUUGGUUAUGAAUGUGAUCAGUUCUCUAUGAAUGCGUUGGUUGAUAUGUAUACAAAAGUGGGUGAUUUUAAAGAUGCAAUUAAUGUCUUUGGUAAUAUUCCGGAACCUGAUAUUGUUUCAUGGAAUGCGCUAAUUUCUGGUUGUGUAUUGCAUGGAUAUUACGAUCAAGCUUUGGCAUCUUUAGACCACAUGCAGAGAUUAGGUGUAAACCCGAAUGUGUUUACGUUACCAAGUGCCCUUAAAGCAUGCGCGGCGUUGGGUGAUGGGAGAUUGGGCAAACAAUUGCAUGCCAGGUUGAUGAAGAUGGAGAUAAUGAUGGAUCCAUUUGUUUUUGUAGGGCUAAUUGACAUGUAUUGCAAGUGCCAAAUGAUGAAACAUGCAUCAAUGGUAUACCGUUUGAUGCCAGAGAAAAACUUGGUGGCAAUGAAUGCAAUGAUCGCCGGGCAUACACAGAAUGGGGAGAAUUGGGAAGCAUUAACCCUGUUUAUGGCGAUGUACAAUCAAGGAAUGGAAUUUAAUCAGGCAACUUUACUAGCUGCCCUCAAUACAGUUGCUAGUUUGGAGGCUCUUACUGUCUCCAAACAGAUUCAUGGACUCAUUGUGAAAUCAGGCUACCAAGCUGAUAGUUUCAUUUUAAACAGCCUGGUCGAUGUGUAUGGGAAAUGCAAGCAGGUUCAUGAUGCGGGUCGGAUUUUUGAAGAAUGCCCGGUUUGGGAUUUACCAUCUUAUACCUCGUUAAUGACUACCUAUGCUCAAUGUGGACAAGGGGAAGAAGCUCUAAAGCUCUAUCUGAAGGUUCUGGACAGGGGUCUUGCACCAGAUUCUUUUGUUUGCAGUUCACUGCUCAAUGCCUGUGCAAAUUUAUCAGCUUACGAACAGGGGAAGCAAAUCCAUGUUCAUGUCCUGAAGAUGGGGUUCAUGUCUGAUUCUUUCGCUGGGAAUUCACUUGUCAAUAUGUAUGCUAAAUGUGGAAGUAUAGAGGAGGCAGGUCGUGCUUUUGAUGAGGUUCUUGAGAAAAGUGUCAUAUCAUGGUCCGCAAUGAUUGGUGGGCUCGCACAACACGGCCAUGGUAAAAAGGCACUACAUUUGUUCAAUGAUAUGUUGAAAGACGGUGUUUCCCCCAAUCACGUGACAUUAGUCAGUGUCCUUAGUGCCUGUAACCAUGCCGGUCUAGUUGAGGAAGCCCAAAUGUAUUUUGACACGAUGAAAGAGAGAUUUGGGAUCGAUCGAACUCAAGAACAUUAUGCUUGCAUGAUUGAUGUCCUUGGCCGGGCAGGGAAGUUGGAUAGUGCAAUGAAUCUAGUAAACAGUAUGCCAUUUGAAGCAAAUGGGGCCAUUUGGGGGGCGCUUCUAGGGGCUGCCAAAACCCACAAGAACGUGGAGCUUGGGGAGCAUGCAGCCAACAUGCUUCACACCCUAGAACCCGAAAAAUCAGGGACCCAUGUUCUCUUGGCAAAUAUCUAUGCCUCAGCAGGAUUAUGGGACGGUGUUGCAAAAGCACGAAGAUUAAUGAAGGAUAGCAACGUGAAGAAGGAGCCGGGGAUGAGCUGGAUGGAGGUGAAAGAUAACAUACACACAUUCAUAGUCGGGGACAAAAGCCACCCUAGAAGUGAAGAGAUUUAUGCAAAACUUGAGGAACUGAGACUCAAGAUGGCAAAAGCCGGCUAUGUUCCUAUGUUAGAAACUGACCUCCAUCAUGUGGAGAAGAAAGAGAAGGAACUCCUGCUCUCGUUUCACAGUGAAAAACUCGCAGUGGCUUUUGGACUGAUUGUGACUCCACCAGGAGCCCCCAUUAGGGUGAAGAAGAAUCUCCGCAUAUGUGUGGACUGCCACACGGUGUUCAAGUACAUAUGUAUGAUAGAAUCGAGAGAAAUAAUUAUUCGGGAUAUCAACCGGUUCCACCACUUUAGGGAUGGAUUAUGUUCAUGUGGGGAUUAUUGGUGA